AAGCAAGGAGAACAGAGUGUACCAGAGUGCCAUGGCUCUGGAGUUGCUGUACUCUUUCCUCCUCUGGCUCAUCGUGCUCGCCGGCAGAGCCACCUCCGCUCCUCUGCACUCGCAGUGCCUGGACAACCCGCCGGACCUGACCUCCACCGGAGCCGAGGCUGGAAAGGUCGUCGAUGACCUGGCCGGCUUCACGGCGUACGUCACCGGCCCCGUCCACUCCGACCGGGCCAUCGUCCUGGCAUCCGACAUCUUCGGAUUCGAAGCGCCAUUGCUGAGGCAGGCAGCCGACAAAGUUGCUGAAGCUGGAUACUACGCCGUGGUGCCCGAUUUCUUCAAUGGGAAACCUUACACAGGUGACCCAAGUGUAAACAUCACACAGUGGAUAGAUGAUCACUCUCCGGUAAAAGCCGCUCGAGAUGCUAAACCAAUUUUUGCAACCUUGAAAAAAGAGCAAAAAUCAAUUAUUGGAGUUGGGGGAUACUGUUGGGGUGGAAAGUUUGCAGUGGAGAUAGGGAAAAUGGAGGAGGUGAAGGCAAUCGUCAUCUCCCAUCCUUCAUCCAUCGUUGUUGAUGAUAUGAGAGAGGUCAAGUGCCCCAUUGAGAUCCUUGGAGCUCAAAAUGACACAACUACACCACAGAAGUUCAUAUAUCAGUUUUUGCACGCCCUUCGUAAAAGAAAUGACAAGGUACCUUACUUCGGCAAGAUCUUUCCAGGAGUUGCACAUGGCUUUGCUUGUAGAUACAAUAGCACCGACCCAUUUGCAGUUAGAACAGCUGAACAAGCUCUUGCCUUAAUGCUCGGUUGGUUCAAGAAAUAUCUGGAAUGAGAAAUAUUAAUCACAAAAGUUAGGUCCGAUACAAUUCUAAGUCUCAUAUCCAAGUAAAGUUCUCCAAAACAAAUUUUUUGUAGAUUCGUAUGCAUCCAUAAAAAAGGUACAUGUAUUGAGUAUGAUUUGUGAGUCAUUUGUAACCUCCGUAUUGGUAUGUAUAUUGUUUGUUUAUGCCAAAAAUCUAUGUGAAG